CCACUUUCUCCAUCAAAAGCAAAGCAAAAGGGAAAGGCAUAUAAUCUCAGAAAGAGAAUUCAAUAAAAUUGGAAAAAUCUUCAUUCAUCAAAUGAAAAUGGUGGAGGAUGACUGCUUCUGCUUAUUAUUUUGCUGAGAGCGAGAGUGAGAGUAUAAAAGCAAUUAAACUGAGCUAUGAACGUGAUUCACCCUGCGGUGCAUCCAGUAGAGGCUCCACCGCUGACCGGCGCGGCCAAUGACGCGAUACCCAGAGGCAGGAUGAAGGACAUCCAGGGCAUGCCCGGCACUACUGGUGGUCUCGUCCUCCGCUUCUCUCAAUUUGCUUUUGCCCUCCUCGCACUUUGCGUCAUGGCCACCACUGGCGACUUCCCUUCCGUCACCGCAUUCUGCUAUCUUGUCACUGCCGUCAGCUUGCAGAGCUUAUGGAGUCUCACUCUUGCCAUUCUUGAUGUAUAUGCCAUUUUAGUAAAGCGCCGUUUCCGGAAUCCCAGAGUUGUAAGCUUGUUUGCCAUUGGUGAUUGGAUCACUUCCACACUUACAUUUGCCGCAGCUUGUGCAUCUGCUGGUAUCACUGUUCUUAUUAGCAAUGAUAUGAAUGAUUGUGCACUGAACCAUUGCACUAGAUUUGAGACAGCAACCGCUAUGGCAUUUAUGAGUUGGUUUGCUGUCUCGCCUUCCUUUAUUUUGAAUUUCUGGUCUCUGGCAUCCAAAUAAAAGACGUGAAGUGUUUUUCUGUGUUUUGGAAGUAGUACAUGAGAUGCUAUCAUUUUCAUUCCCCUCCUAUGUAAAUUUUGUAGCUGGACCAAACCUCCCUAUCAAGUAAUUGGAGUUCUCCGUAUUUCAAGACA